AUGAAUGAGAAGAGUAUGGGCCAUGAGUUCCAGAAUGACAGAGACACCCGAUGCUUUGAGCACCUAAAUUUGGUUAGGUUUAGUAGGCUUCUUGAGUAUAGUGGUGAUGGGUUGAUCAUUGUGGAUUACGUUUCCAAUGGCAACCUUCAAGAAACCUCGAAGAAGAAGAAAGAUGCCUUGCAAAUAGAGUUGGAGCAAGACCUACUGGAGUUCUUUUUUGAGAUGAAAUCUACUGGACUUAGCUUUGAUUUUGUAGAGGAAAAUAUUUAUUGA